AAAAAAAGAUAACUUAUAAAAGGAACAAUCAUUUUGGUACAUGAAAACAUGAAAACAAGCCUUGGUUCUAAUAAUUUAUACUAGUAUAAGAAUUACUAUUGUGAGGAUUAAAUCAUAAUUAUCGUUUAACAUAUAUAUUGUUAUAAUAUUUAUUAUAUUAUUUUAUAAUAUUAAAAUGCCUGCAACAACUUUACACAAAUUUACGACAUUCAUAGGAUUGAUAUCAAUAUUACAUACAGCAUAUUCAGCUGCUCAACAUCGUUCAUAUUUACGAAUAACAGAACAAGAAUUCAUUACUUUACCAAUUGAUAUUUUAAUACAAGGCAUUAUCAGUUUAUUUUUGGUUAUGUAUGGAGUUAUGUAUAUUGCUGGUGAUUUCAAAGAAAUUCGAGCAGUUGUAGAUUUAGAAAACAAAUCUUGGGAAACAUUAAGAAAUCUUCCUUCAUUUCAAAUAUUUAAUCAUCGUGGUAGGUCUUUAUCGCCUCAAUAUACACAAUAAAAUAUUUUUAUUAUUUAUUCGUAAAAUGGACAUAUAAUUAAUGUAAUUAUUUAAAAACAAAUACAUAUACAAAUAGCGAAUAGAA